AGUCAAUGGCGUGCGUCUCGGAAUACGGCAGUGAGAAGAAGAUGGCGGAGGGAGGUAAUGAUGCAGAGCUGCUGAAGGAGAAGGCGAAUAAGUACUUUAAAGGUAAUUUGACACACCUGUCAGGCCUGUGGUUUCCGUCAGCCGCUCAGAGCUGAAAAAAGCGUGCCCGUUAAUCACGGUAGCGGCGGAAACAGUGACAGCGUGGUGCGAGAAGAGCCGGUGGCUAACGCAGAGCUAAGCUAACAGAGAGCAUGCUAACGGUGGAGCUCAUUCAGAGGAUUAAACUGAGACUGAGGAGUUAAAACCAACAAAAACGUCAAAAUGGAACCUUUUCCAACACAAUACAGCCAUAAAUUCGUCUUCUGAGAGGCUUCUGCACGUUCUGUCUUUAUAAUUGUUCUUUAAAUUGUUGAAGUUGUGGUGGGUGUUGGUGGGGUUCCUAAUAUUUUGUCCCUCAUGUUCAUUAGACAUGUGGUCAAAAUAUAAGGAACACAUAUAUAAGACGUUAAAAGCCUUCUGUCUUUAUAAGUGUUCUUUAAAAUGGUAAAGUCAUGGUGGGUGUUGGUGGGGUUCCUAAUAUUUUGUCCCUCAUGUCUAUUAGACAUGUGGUCAAAAUAUAAGGAACAUAUAUAUAAAUAUGACUCUAUUCCAACACAAUAUAACCAUCAAUUCUUCUUCUAAAAGGCCUCUGCACCUUCUUUUUCUAUAAUUGUUCUUAAAUUGUUAAAGUUGUGGUUGGUGUUGGUGGGGUUUCUAAUAUUUUGUCCCUCAUGUUUACUAGACAUGUGGUCAAAAUAUAAGGAACACUUCAGUUCACCUCCAACACCCACUACAUCCUUAAUAAUGAAUGAAAAGUACAAUAAUUAUCAUGUCAGCACUGAAAAUAUCUCGACUCUCGGUGUUAGAGCUGCAGUUUGGUGAUGUUCUUCUGACCUUCUCAUAUAACUGAUACAGAAUAUCCAACUCCUAAACCUUUGGGUGGAGAAGGAUCAUUUACUGCCUUACAUAUCACACCUGCUAACAGGGGCCAUCGUUACAAGACAAUCCCUGCUAAUAACUUUACCUGUCAUUGGUUAUAGUGUAAAGUUUGGUGUUGUGUUACCUCUAAUCCAAACAUGAAUUUAUAGGGGAGACUGGGGUAAGUUGAGCCAAAGGGUGAAUUGGAAUUAGUCCUGAUGGUGUGGGGAUCAUCAGAGUCCAUGUCAUGGGUAUCUUCCACAUCUGUUUAGGAGCAUCAGGACUCUGUAGUUGGAGUCCAGUUGUCCUUUCAACGAAGAACUAGAAAUCAUAGAUGCUGCAUUCUCAGUUUUAAACAAUAGGGGAGAGUGGGGUGAGUCAAACUUACUUGACUUUCUAUAGUCUGUGGACUCAAAUGUCUUCUGUUUUGGGCUCAAAAGUGCGGCCUCCAGGGUUCAAGAAAUCAUCUUUGCAUGUGACGGAGGAAUGCACAGUGCAUGUAGGGGGUGUGGCAUCAAUAGCCUUGCAGUAAGCUGUGUGAUCAUGUGAUUGAGGAGUGGACUUGCAUUAAAUCUGGUUGUUUUGAUUAUGCUACAAUAUAUUUUCACCAAAUAUUUUUAGGUUCCCUGUUGAGGGCCAACCUUCAAUUUUGUAAAUUUCAGAUUUAUUCCCGUUAAUUCCCAUAUAUUCCUGUUAAUUCCCAUGGAAAUUCCCGUAAUUUUGUAGCCCUAGUUACCUCUAAUCCAAACAUGAAUUUAUGUUGUGUUGUUGGUUGCUGCUGUCAGGUCACAGUGUAGAGUUGUUGGAGAGGGCUUCAUCCAUCUCAAACCUUGUGUAGUUUAUUAUCCUCUGGUUAAAAAAAUCUCCAGGUGGAGGGUGUUUUCAUUGUAACUGAUCUGCAUGAUACUGACAGUGCAGUCUGCUGUCUGUGCAUAAUGUUAAAUGCACCUUGCAGUGGUUCCUCCCACAUACUGACUGGGAACAAAAAUAACUUUAAUGGUGACAGUAUUACUGACUUAUACAGGAAACGGUGGGCAAACAGUGCAUUCGUCAUAUAUGAACAGCUAUAAAUUUGCAGGUUUCACCGAGUAACACUUCACCUGAUUCUACUGUGGAGACGUGGGCAUCAGAAUCAGAAUCAGAAAUACUUUAACUGCUUUUUGUUACAGUAACUCCAGUGCAAAUAAAGUAGAAAGAGGAGAUAAAUGAAAGAUAAAAUAAGUAAAAAUAAAGAGAUAAUCAAAAUACGCAAUAUGUAUACAGUUUACCAAUCUACAAGUAUGUACACUAUAUACAACAAAAAAUAGUAAAAUAAUCCAGGUAAAAGAUCCACACACAGAUGUAAGGUUAUUUGUCUUGAAGGAAAAGAAAAGCACUUCAUAGGAGCAGUAUAAAAAAAGUGAUUCUUGUAGUUUACAGACAUUGUUUUUUUUUAUCAAGCUAAAAUCUGUUUCCCUGAUUGACUGAUACCUUUAUAUUCUGAUCUUAGAAAGUCUGCUUUCUUAAAGGUUACAUCCGUAGUUUUAAUGAUAAAUCAAAUUUUGAACAGAAACCUAGUUAUUCAGCAGUAUUUAUAGAUAAUGUGAAUAAACACAUUGAAUAAACAUGUAAGGUAUAUUUCAUUCACAACACCAUUUUGUAAUAAGUUAUAAACCAACUAUCUGCAGUCUGUCUGUCUGACCUAUUAAGCUAUUAUAGAGCGUUAUAAUGUGUAUUCUGUUAACAAUGGUAUUACUUUUUUUACUUUUCAGAAAAAGACUAUGAAAAUGCUAUCAAGUACUACACAGAGGCCUUGGAGGUCAACCCAUCCAAUGCCAUCUACUACAGCAACCGCAGCUUGGCAUACCUGCGCACAGAGUGCUAUGGCUAUGCCCUUGCUGAUGCCACGAAGGCCCUGGAGAUAGACAAAAACUACAUAAAGGGAUACUACCGCCGUGCCACCUCCAACAUGGCACUGGGGAAAUUCAAGGCUGCACUUAAAGACUACGAGACGGUAGGAGAUUCAGCAUCUGCUCAUUUAUAACCCCACAUGAUUAAAAACUUGGAGCAUUUUUGAAAGUUUCCUGUAAUUUUUCACUCAACAGUUAAAGCUCUUCUGUUCUCUGUGCUGAUCUGAUGUCAUGAGUUUGGCUCUUUUGAGAUCAUCCUUUAAUCCAGCCAAUCAGAUCCAGAGUGCAGGCACUCAUACCACAGCUAAUGUGGUUUCUAUACUUUCUUCUUCCGCUCAUUUAAAGCAAUAUAAAUAUACCAGAGCUGUGGCAACAAAGCCCUCCAAAGCUCUGCCAUAAUGGGAGCCCUUUAACUGAGCACUAUGACAACAGACAAGGAAAACUGACAUGUCCACACACAGUGUUACACACAACAGGCUCAGUUAUGAAUAAGUAUAUAAUGUAGUCUUAUCUGUUCCCAUCGUAAAAACUUCAAAACCUUUUUAUACUUUUGUUUCAUUUCACAUCCUGUUUUCUGCUGCUGCUCUUUCCUCAUGUCGGCCUGCAGACUGGUUGAUGGUUAACCUGUGUGCUCAUUCUUAUCAUUUCCUCAUUCUGGUGACACAGGUAGUGAGGGUUCGACCAAAUGACAAGGAUGCGAGGAUGAAGUAUCAAGAAUGUAACAAGAUUGUGAAACAGAAGGCUUUUGAGAGAGCCAUCGCCAGCGAUGAGACGAAAAAGUCCGUAGUUGACUCUCUGGACAUUGAAAACAUGAGUAAGUUGGUUGGAGAAGUACUUUUAAAUACAUCAAAACUGUGGAGAUUGAGUUUUAUAUUAUGUUUGUAUUGAACAGACUGAAACUAUUUGAUUCUGAGUCCAAACUGAAUUUGUUUUGCAGCGAUCGAGGAUGACUACGUUGGCCCCAAACUUGAAGACGGCAAGGUCACGUUGACGUUCAUGAAGGAGAUGAUGGAGUGGUUCAAAGACCAAAAGAAACUACACAGAAAGUGUGCUUAUCAGGUAAACUUGGGGUACGUGUACGAUCACGGAGGAAAACGUCACUUCUCGUUGUGGUUAACGACGUUUCUCUUUCAGAUUUUGGUGCAGGUUAAAGAUGUUCUAUCGAAACUACCAAGUCUUGUGGAAAUACAGUUAAAAGAGGUGAGGACAUUUCUGAGAGUUAAUCGUAAAGUCAAUUAGAGUUCCUGGUCUAUCAUACAAACUAACUGUGCUGUCCUGUUUUUCUUGUAACAGACAGAAAAAAUAACUAUUUGUGGUGACACUCACGGGCAGUACUACGAUCUCCUCAACAUCUUCAAGCUGAACGGCUUACCCUCUGAAAGCAACCCUUAUGUAUCCUUUCUUUUUGCAUCAUCAGCUUUUACACUAGAUUUGUGUGUUUGGUGCCGUCAUCCUCUCUGCUUUAACCAUUUUGUGUCCAGAACAGCGUGUGUGUCGUAUUGCUUAACCACUGAAUUCAGCUGUUUAAUGGUGACUUUGUGGAUCGCGGCUCUUUCUCUCUUGAGGUCAUUCUCACCCUCUUUGGCUUCAAGCUGCUCUACCCCAACAACUUCCACUUGCUUAGGGGUGAGGGCACUUACAGUGGGCUUGUGCGUCACUUUGUGGAUGGAUGUGCAGUAUCUGCAGAUGUGUGCCUCCAGCCUGUCAUAUGUCAUAUUCGAUGUGUAGAGGUUCAGAGCACAGCACUGAAUUUCAUCGACUCGCCUUGUUCAUGUCCACAAUAAUGUUCUUUAAACGGGAUUAUUAAACCAAGAGUUUGUCACACAGGCAACCACGAGACGGACAACAUGAACCAGAUGUAUGGAUUUGAAGGGGAAGUCAAAGCCAAGUUCACAGCCCAGAUGUUCCAGCUGUUCAGCGAGGUCUUCCAGUGGCUGCCUCUCGCACAAUGUAUCAACAGCAAAGUUCUGGUAAGAUCUCACAGAGUCUGUCAAAAUAACUUUGUUGAAAGAGUGUCCGCUCACUUCAUGGGAGAAUGAACGACCUCAAGUUAGAGUAUGUUUCCAUGGUUACCAGAGAGCGCUGGUUGUGAUGGAUCAGUUUUAGAUGUGGUGACAUUUUGUGAAGACUCUUAACAAAGACUCGACUGGAGACUUUGGUUAUAAGAACAGUACCUGAAACCUGCAGUGCUGCACAUACUAAUCAGAUUCUGUGUCUCAGAUAAUGCACGGUGGACUGUUCAGUGAAGAUGGUGUCACAUUGGAUGACCUUAGGAAGAUUGACAGGAACAGACAGCCUCCAGACUCAGGUACGGUUCAUGAGUACAGACGAUAGGAUCACCAUAAAUAGAGAAGUUCAUCUUAAUUCUAACUCCUGCUUUUUUCCACAGGUCCCAUGUGUGACCUCCUCUGGUCAGAUCCACAGCCUCAGGUCAGUCCUUCACCGCCCGUCCUCUACAGUAGUUUAUGUUGAAAACAACUUGUUCUAUAAUGGAGGAUUUGUUGCUCUCUCUCUCUGUCUGUCACACAGAACGGUCGGUCGAUCAGUAAGCGAGGAGUGAGUUGUCAGUUUGGGCCGGACGUGACAGAGCGCUUCCUUGAACAGAACAAGCUGGACUUCAUCGUGAGGAGUCAUGAGGUCAAAGCUGAGGGCUACGAGGUCACUCACUCAGGGAAGUGCAUCACCGUGUUCUCAGCGCCCAACUACUGGUACGUCAUCAUGGCGCCCGUCUGCAGAGUGCUGACUCAGCUGUUUUUGAAGACGUCCACUCUGACUGUUGUUUUUUUUAACUUCCUCUUUCUGCAGUGAUCAGAUGGGUAACAAAGGAGCUUAUAUCCACCUCAGGGGAUCAGACCUCAAGCCAGAAUUUCACCAGUUCACUGCUGUGGUCAGUAUCCUGCACUUUUAGGCAUAAAAUGAACAAAACAAGGAUUUUAGGCUUUAAGUGGCAGCUGGUUUUAGAAAUGAGUUUGUAAUUGAGGUUUACAUCCUAGAUUUAGUAUCACUCUAUACAGAUUUAAACUUGAGUUUGGCUCAGAAGCAUCUACUGUGACCCGUCUGAGUAUGAAGUCUGGGUUUUAAGUCAUCAGCAAAAUAAGUCUGGGGGUUAGGGGCGCUGGUUGGCUCAACAAUAAACACUUAAGUUUACAUAAAGAGUUUAACUGAAAUAUGUAUUGUUGUGUUAUUUUCUUGCUAUACUUACAGGGGAUGUUUCAGGUAAUGUGGCAUUUGCAAUCCUGCGGCUCCAAAGGAAUUAUUUAUACUAGAAAUAAAAACAAUCCAGCAGCCACUUACAAUAAUUUGCUCAUUUAUUGACUUAAGUUAUUUAUGUUAGAAAAAAAUGAUGCACAGCUCUAACAUCUUAAUAAAUACUACAGAUAUAUGUGGGGACUUAAACUUGGCAGAUUCUCAAUAUUAAAAAAAAAAGAUCAGGUUGCAAUUGAGCACCUGAAAACUGACUAGAACGACUCACUGUUUUAGCUUUUUGAAUCUUGAUCAUAUUUUUGAUGCCCCUGUUGUUCUCUUCACAGCCUCAUCCGAAUGUCAAGCCCAUGGCGUAUGCCAACACGCUAAUGCAGUUGGGGAUGAUGUAGGGGCCACACUUCUCUGUUUGUGACACUGACGACCUUCCAUCUGACCGGAACCAUCCCUGCCACUUCACUCCCUCCAGCGCUCGGACAUGCUGUUGUUCAUGCUUGGCCUAAGGGGUCCCUCUCCCUGACAAACUUCCACCUGUUGUUGUAUGCAGAAAACACACGUGGUGUGGUUCAGACGGGAAGAGAUCACUUACACCAGCCCAGUGCAGUACUGGGGGUAUUCUUUUAAUGUGUCAUGUAAAACUGGAAAAUCCCCGUUUCUGCUGUCCAUCUGUCCACUUAUUUGCUCCACCACUUGGCAAAGACACCAACCCUGAGAAUUUCCGAUGUUUCCUCGGAGCUGCUUGGUUCUAAUUAAUGCGAUGUUCUCAGCAGAUAGGCUCACGUAGGUGGUAUGUACCAAAGAUCUGUUCUGAAAUGAUUGUUCAAUUUUUACAAGGAGCAUCUUGUGACUUUGAAAUUAGCAUUGAACUGCUGGCCUGUGUACACAGCUAGAGAAUUGUAAACUGGUUAAAGCGAGCAGUCUGUCAGUGUUUCUAAACCUUUCUACAGUUCGUUUGUUUUCCACUUUACAGGAACACAGAGUAGGAGUAUCAUGUAUGACCCCAGCCACCCUCAAAAUAUAGAUUGUCUCUGGGUACACUUAAAACAACGGUGCUGUUUGCCAUCGGUAGUGUAUUUCGUCAGUUCAGUCAUGAAGCUGGUUACAUUUAUUUUGCACUGCUGCACUGCUUCCUAUCGAGGAAGAUACUGCUGCUCUCCAUGUUUUCAUCCUUGACAGUCAUUGUGCCACUCACCCAGCAGCUCCUGCACAGUCUCCUCUCCAAACUUGCUCUGCUGUAGGGCAACCACUGAUGGCACUGUAGUCUCUAAUAAUGUUCAGUAACUGGUGAUUAUUACCCCAACGUGUGGAUUUCUUCAGUACACAAAACGUCCAAAUACAACCCUGUCUUGAAACGCACAGCUGCAUUGUCCAAUGGCCCUCAACUUUUUAGAUAAAGAAAUACACUUCUGUGUAUGUAUAUAUAUUGUAUCAUUUAAAGAUUCCGUGUUAUGUUUGGAAAAAAAAGUAUUGAAUAAAAAAAAUCAAGUCCAGUGAUUUUGGUAUGAGCUGUUGUUUUUAUGUCAGUUGAGCUAAUCUACAUGAGUUUUAUGAAACUAACGGAUUAUCGCAUAAUUUUGAAGAGAAAAAUAUCCUUAAUGUUCAAGUACACUGGGGUGGAAAAUAUCAAAUUACAUCUACUCUCAGAGGACACCAGAACAAGAGAUAAGAUAAGAUAGUCCUUUAUUAGUCCCACCGGGGGAAAUUCCAGUUUACAGCAGCAUAAAAAUAAGUACAAAAUGAGAAAAUUAAAGGAUUAGAAAACUUAAAGUUAAAAAAAAGAUAUAUACAUAAGUCUGAUAAGAAUAACUGUACAGGCCUACACAAAUAGACUGAAGUUCUCAAGGUACUGUCAGAGAAAGUACAGGACUUUUCUGCACCUUAAUUAACUUUAGAAACUGAGUGGAAAGUACUUGCAAAUAAAGAUGUUAACUGUUAUCACCGUCAUGACAGCUAGUUUACUUUUUCAUUCCUUAUUUUAUUACUAAAGCAAAUUUAAAACAGGCAUCAUUGGUCAAAGUGAUGAACAAUGAAAUGCAACAAAAGAAAUGAGACAAAUAUUGGAAAACUGAAACCUUGUAAAGUUUAAUUUUCUUGCUCUUUACACAGCCUGCAGAGAGUUUUCAGGGAAAUCUACAAAGAGUAAAAGAAACUAGUAAAACUAAUUCUGAUAUAUUAGGAAGGUCCCGCCCUCCUUCGCCUCUGAUUCGCUAGAAGUGCUGAGAUCCGAUUGGUUAUUCCUCGUGGUUGUGAAACAUUAUCGUCUGUCGGGUUAGGAUUAGGAGAUUCAGAAUUGUGAUAAUGUUCUGUUCGAAGUACAGAACUGACAACAUGCGCUCGGUUUGCGCGUGUGAUGACGUUUCACAGCCAAUCAGAGGC